UGUUGUAUUGUAGUAGUUUCAGUUGGACUUGCGCAUGCGGUAAAUCACUUCCGUCAUAAAUAGCCAUUUCUGAGAAACAUCAGUGUUUGCUUUUAAUAAUUUUAAGUAUUUCUUCUUAUUAAUGUCAGAGCCACAGUCCGCUCUCCUAUUAAGAAAGCAGCUUGCAGAAUUGAACAAAAACCCAGUUGAAGGGUUCUCAGCUGGGUUAAUAGACGAUAAUGAUAUUUACCGAUGGGAAGUUCUUAUUAUUGGACCUCCGGAUACAUUAUAUGAGGGUGGUUUCUUCAAAGCACAUUUACUUUUCCCUAAGGAAUAUCCACUGCGACCGCCUAAAAUGAAAUUCAUGACGGAAAUAUGGCAUCCAAAUAUUGAAAAAAAUGGAGAUGUUUGCAUAUCAAUAUUACAUGAACCUGGAGACGACAAAUGGGGUUAUGAAAAAGCAUCAGAACGGUGGCUUCCAGUCCACACGGUAGAGACAAUCUUAAUCUCGGUGAUAUCCAUGCUUGCUGAUCCCAACGAUGAAAGUCCUGCGAACGUAGAUGCAGCGAAAGAAUGGAGAGAGAAUUACAUGGACUUCAAAAGGAAAGUUGCUAGAUGCGUUAGAAAAAGUCAAGAGGAAUGUUUGUAGGAUAUUAUAUAUUUUUAAAUUCGUAAAGCACAGAUGCCAUUAUAACACCAGGAGCGGUCAGCGUACAACGUACAUGAUGGUAUCUGUCAAUGAAGGAACUGAAGCUUUCUGCUCUAUACAUAUAUUUGUACUAGUGUUGAGCUGGACAGUGGCAUGGUGUGACGUGGCGCUACGUUACGUUGCGUUAGUUGUCAGUGAGUGAAUGUGAGUGAAUGAUACGUCAUGCAGAUAAUGUAUAAAUUUAAAAAAAAAACUCAUAUAAACUUAAACCGAUCCCAGGUGUUAUUCUGUUUAUUAUAUGUCGUCUGUAUAUCGUUUUUAUACCAGUACAUAUAUUAGAAAUUUAUUUAAUUUUCAGCCGAUUUAGUGAAUGUUUGAUAUUACUUAGUUCUGUAUACAUCUCCGUUGUCAAUAUUUAUUGUCAGAAAACUGUUAGUUUUAGAUUUAUAUUUACCUGAUCAUUAAUUAAAUUGUAUUAUCUGAUAUUAUACACACUCUAUUCUUGGCUUCUUGUAAGCCAGAGUAGCGUGAGGUGCCGACCGAGAUAUUAAUUAUUUCAAGAUAUGUUUAUAAUUCAAGAAGGAAAGUUUAGUAAAAUGUUUUAAAAAAUUUUGUUGUUUCAGACUUAUUGUAUAAGAAAAGAGAGAUUAUAUAGCGCUAAGAAAAUACUUUUAUAUGAAAAAUUUAAAAGUUAGCUGUUUGCAAGGAAAUUAAAUCUGUGGACUAAACUAAUUUAUAGCAAUAAUGAUACCUCACAGCUGAAUGAUGUUUAUAGUUGAAAUUGAUUGUAUUGGCUGACUUUUUAGAUGCAUACUAUUAUCAUUGUACAUUUAUGGAGAACAUCUGAACUUAAUAUAUUGAAGCAUUUCAUGUCUGCGACAUACCACAACUUGUUUUGUAACAAUAAUAUGGAGGAUUUACAGGUAAAAUUGAACUUUCAAUCAAAUAAUAAUAAAAAUUGGAUUUUAUACAGAAAUUAA